GAUGCGGUGUUGCCAAGCGAACCAAUGAUGCAAUGUUGUAGAAUUUGUGGCCAUCCUGACUUUUCAUUUUGACCUACAAUGAUUCUUUACAAUUUAAAAAUGUGUAUGCUCAAAAGCAAUAUUUGGGCGUUGAGAAUAAACUAAUGCAUAUUUCCAACAUGCAUCUUGAUUCAAGCAAUUAACAUAUUGAUGACACGGCUGAUUGCCGCGUCAGAGUGGCUAGGCAACGCGGUGAUGAACUUCGUUAUCCAUCCUGCUUCUAUCACCUUCCAACAUAUCAUGUGUCUACACACUUCUCUCUCGUACGUAUAGAACUCGAGCCGUCAGACAAAUUUGGUUCUCAAUACAUAAAUAUCGGAUAAGGAAAAUGCAAUAAUGCCCCAAAUUUCUGCCUAUCGGAAAAAAUUGUGAUCUAGCAAUAUGGCGGCAUAUCCUGGAUGAACUAAAUUAACAAUAUGGCGACUAUGGACACUCGUCUUUUCUGACUUUCGAAUGUCUGUUCUAUCAACAUUUCGGAUCUUUCAUUACUGUCAAAAUAUUAAAGUCAACGGCCACCGGCCACAACUGUCAGAAUGAUUUGAAAUAUGUAAACAAUUUUCAAAUGAUUGCUGAUUCCUAAUUAUUGUAAAAAGGUAUUUUCAAAAUGUCCCAGCAAGUGCUGCAAACACUCCUGCUGUACUUGGUGGUAUAUGUUGUUGCGUUUGAAGAUUUCAUUUAUGUUUAUGGUCAAGGGAGCCAAGAGAUGACAGAGAAAGGAAGGACACAAUACCAGCUGCUAAAGGAACGUUCAAACUUGCCUAAAUAUGGUCCAUGUUGGAAAGCAGCCUUACAAACUCUUGAUGAAGGUUGCAGGCAACUUUCAGAAGAAACACAAAGUGACAUAGCACUUCACAUCACAAACUGCUUCUUGGAAAUGUCUGGUCAUGAAACCUACAACUGUGAACUGGACAAAAAGCCAAAUUUGAGAGCUAUUUGUAUAAACAGUAUGACUGAUAGGGCCUUCAAUGUAUACACAGAGUUUUACACCCAUACACAAAACAUAUGUUGGUUUUUGAGAGGGCAAAUUUGGCAUGAAACUAUUGCUGAAAAUACCCUGAGGGUUGGAAAGCAGUUAGAGCUAACAGCGGAGAAUCAAGAAUAUUUGUUGAAAGCACAGAAGGAGAGUCUGGAUCUUCAAGAAAAAAUGUUGAAGCAUGGAAGGGUAUUAGAAGGAGUCCUAGAUGAGAUCUAUAUGUCAUCUCAGGCUCAUCAAGAAGUUCUAAAGCUCCUUACACAAAGCAUUAUUAAUUUACAGAGUUGGGUAGUGGGUGAGGUGUCUUGGAUUGAUUCUGUACUUUUUUAUGCUCUUGCUUAUUUUUUAAUUUAUGCACUUACAUCCACUGGUACUACAAGUUCUGCUCGUUUGCCAAUGUUUAUCCUGCUGUCUUUAGUGUUUAUGUUAGAAAGGUUAACUUGCUCAUUUAUGAUCUCAUAUGGUAAUACAUUUAAUGUUAGCUAUUUGUAUAUUAGCAUCCACAACAUAAUUUGGUUUUUAAGGUAUGGUUUUGUCUGUAUAGCAUGUUUAAUAUUUAUUUAUAAAAGUUUUAUUUCGAAGUCUGUUAAUAUCCAGAAUUAUGAAGUAUUAUAUAAAAUUCUUGGCCAGAAUAAUGAAAUAUUACAAAUUCUGGAAUGCCUAAAGCUUAAUAAUAGCAAAGAAAAAACAAAUAUCAGUUAUUUGAAUGAGAGUGGGAGAAAACCAUUAGAAAUAAAAACAAAUGGUAAUUUAAAUGGCAGUCUAACCAAAAGCUUAACUAGCAACAGUAGCUCAUUUUUAGAUGAUUAUGAUAGCUUUAGUAUAAAAGAAGUUACUGAACUGGAUGUGAAUAAAUCAACUAUAGAGAAUAGAUCUUUUAGAAAGAAACUCAACCAUUUAGGUGGACAGAUUGGCAGGUACAACUUAAGAUCUAGUAGAAGUGUUAGUAGGCAAAGUACUCCUGAUACUACACAUUUACACUAAAGAUUUCAUUUAGUUCGGACACUAUAAAAGCUAUCAACAGUUAGUUAUAACAUUAAAAAUGGCAAUCAAAUAAAGAUUGCCUAGAAAGUUACCAGCAAAAAUACAGUUUAAAAUGUACAUAUGACUGAAUCCUCAAGUUAUGAACCAUUCCAUUAUACACAAUGUUUUUGCUUAUAUCUUUCCAAUAAAUAAAAGCUAGUCUUGUUACUAUUUCAUGUAUGAGUAUAUAAUUUCAAUUAUUUUUUAGAUAGAAGGUAUUGAUUGAAUUAAACUAAUUUAUUUGAUUUUACAUCUCCUCUGAUUUUUACUCAACAUAUUGAUCUCUAAAUAUUUUUUUACCAUAAUGAAUGAAAUUAUUAUUCAUUUUUACAACAUUAUUCCCUGAAAUGAACUGCAAUAAUUUGUUAUACAUAAUAAUGUAUAAGUUGCAGGUACAUAUGUAGAAUGUGAUAGUGUAUAUUUUAUAUGUGAAUAAA